AUCACCAGUUGCUGCAGGUAACCUUUUUUUUCCUUCCUUUUGCCUGAUUUCUCACAUUUUCAUUUGUCAAUACUCUUUAGUGAACUGUUUAAUUCAUUAGUUAAAUUGGGUAUUUUUGGGUUUUUUAUAUUGCUUCAAUUGAGUGGAAAUGAGCUGCCUUUACUCAACUUCGCACUUCUCCUUUAUCGUUUUCUCGACUCAACGUCCUUGUCUUCGCCCCUAAUUGUUAAGGGCGAAUUGAUUUCAUAACUUCACGAUCAGUUCAUAAGAUUUGCCAGGUAACAUGAAUAGGGUUAGUCAAAACUCGUCGUUGUUUCGGAGAUUGUUGCAUACAUUAUCCCGCGAUGAUGGUCCUUCUGAAACCUUGAAGAAAAAGGUUCCUGAAAUCGAGAGGACGAGGAAAAGGAGGAACCCCAAGAAGGCUCAGUUGUUUGUGGAGGUUCCCGAAUCAAGAUCCUUUCUAGAUACUGCGACACUGCCAAUGUAUCUUGCUGUAGCUGGAAUUGCACUUUUUGCAAAGCUGCUCAUGAUGCAUGAUGAAUCAAAGUCCCAGGAAAUGAUUGAGCGAAAGAUAAAGAAUGCUCCUCCUGGACAAGGCACCAUUCGGAUGCUUACUCGUGAAGAGUGGGAAGAAAUUAGAGAAGUCAGACCAAGAACUCCUUUUGAAUCCAAGCUUGCUCGUCCACAUGCAAAAAUAAGAACUGGAGAACCGCUGCAUAUGGAGGACAUGAAGAAUUGGACAAUAGAUGUUCUUACAGAUGCACUUACACGAGCUGAAAACUGUUCUAAACACAAGUAAAACUGAUAUAAUGCGUGAAGACGUUGCCAUAUUUUUUUGCCCUUGAGUACAAAUACAAUUCUUUGAUGGAAUUGAGAACCAUUGACGAUGCUGAUACCUAGCAUGAGUAAUUUUGCAUAUCUACCUAUUGGGAAACGGUUCAAAUGGAUUUGCUUGGGAUUUAACUGUAGCUAAUGAAUGUUUGGAUAUCUUUAGCAGAUUUAUAGAAGCAUAUUAUGUAUAACAUGUUAUGACAGCAUCUUGGUUUAUCCUAAAUAAGAGGAUGUUUAUAUUUGUACAACUUUGAUAUCAUUAUUGCUUUGCCACAAAGAAGAUAAGUAUCAUUUGGUAUUGUGAA